CAUUAGGUGUACUGCUGGGCGCCGGCGAUCUAAUCGCUCAGAAAGCCGUGGAAAAGCAGUUAGAGAUCAAUUGGAUGCGAACGGCAAAGUUCAGUGCUUUUGGACUCCUGUUUGUUGGACCGGUCAUUAGGAACUGGCUGUUAAUACUGGAACGACUGUACGGAACGACCGGUAAAUUGACGCCAAUCAAGAAAGUACUCACCGAUCAGUUAUGUUUCGCACCGGCCCUACAAUUUACGGCUAUCCCUGUGUUGGGUCUAAUGGACGGCCAUUCGCGGGACAAAAUUGAGGCCCGAAUUCGUAAAGACUAUUACGAUAUAAUGAUUGCCAAUUGGAAACUGUGGCCAAUCGUAGCGACUGUCAACUUCUACUUCGUUCCCCUAAACUAUCGACUUCCGGUCGUGGCUUUGGUGUCACUGUUUUGGAACAUAUACUACACGUGGAAAUUGGGCGAAAAGGGACCGCAUGUGGCCGACCAGUGAUCAUAUAUAGUGGUAACCGUUUUGUCAACAAUUAGUCGUUUUUAUUAAGUCAUUAAUUUGUUGUUUAAGUAAUCGUAAUAUAUUUUUAUAAACAAAUAGAAACCAAUGAAAUUUUAUACAGAC